UGCUGUGAAAGACUCUGGAGAAUGGAAUUUGGAGGCUGGUGCACUGGUCCUGGCCGAUGGAGGCCUCUGCUGCAUAGAUGAGUUUAACAGCAUUAAGGAACAUGACAGGACAAGCAUCCAUGAGGCCAUGGAGCAGCAAACCAUCAGUGUUGCCAAGGCUGGUUUAGUGUGCAAACUAAAUACAAGGACCACAAUUUUGGCAGCAACCAAUCCAAAGGGCCAAUAUGACACUAAUGAAUCCAUCUCUGUCAACAUAGCCCUUGGAAGCCCUCUUCUUAGCAGGUUUGAUCUUGUCUUGGUAUUGUUGGAUACAAAAAAUGAAGAAUGGGAUCACAUAAUUUCAUCCUUCAUACUGGAAAAUAAAGGCUGCCCAAGCACAUCUGAAAAACUCUGGUCUAUGGAAAAAAUGAAAACUUACUUCUGCCUUAUCAAGAAUCUCCAGCCGAUACUGACUGAUGAAAGCCACCUGAUCCUUGUCCGCUAUUAUCAGAUGCAGCGGCAGAGCGACUGCCGGAACGCAGCCCGAACCACUAUCCGCUUAUUAGAGAGCUUGAUCCGGCUCGCAGAAGGUGAGACUUCUUUCUUCCCCACUUGCUUUUCCAAUAGCUGCAUUCCACAUAAUUGAUUAA